UAGCUUAUGUAUAAAAUAAUAGGCCUACUUCCUAAAUAAAAAACAAUGUAUAAUAUGUUGAUAUGCAUGGUCUUGUGAUCUUUGGUGAAUAAGGUCUUUCGGCUUUUCAAAACAUAUUUGGUUAAUAUUUCAUACGCUUUGACGAGUUGCAACGAAAUCUCUUCAGAGAUUUGAAAUAGGGGAGAUGAGCGCGCCCUCUGUCGGACAGGAAUGCGCUUCGUCAACAAAACAUUACAACAACAGAGUGCAAGGUUUUCUCUAAUAAAGACUAUUAAAACAAAUAAAUAGACUGGCAUAUAUGUUUGAGAAUGAAUCGCUGAUAAACGAGGAAGUUUUCCAAACUUUUCCUUUGUGACAUAAUAUACCACUCCUGUCAAACGUCCCGCUGAUGUCAAGAUUUAUUGUGAAAAGGAGUAUUUUGGUCUGUUCUCGCCCAAAACCGAUUGGAUUACUUCUGAAGACAUGGAUUAAAUCACUGGAAUCUAAGGGAAUACUUUUAUGCUGCCUUUAUGUGCUUUUUGGAGCUUCAAAGCAGGAUGAAUGUCAUACACAUCUUGGGUGGCAUGAGGUUCAAAAGAUCUCAGUAAUGGAAGAGGAGGAUGAAUGUCCAGAGUUAGUUCCCAUCAAGGAGAAGCCCACCGGACCCACAGCUCAGAUUCCUGUUACUAUCAUCACUGGAUACUUGGGUGCAGGGAAGACAACACUUUUGAACUACAUAUUAACAGAGCAGCAUAAUAAACGAAUAGCUGUCAUACUUAAUGAAUUUGGUGAAGGCAGUGCUCUAGAGAAGUCUCUAGCAGUGAGUCAAGCAGGAGAGCUUUAUGAGGAGUGGCUGGAGCUGAGGAACGGCUGCCUGUGCUGCUCUGUAAAAGACAAUGGGUUAAAAGCCAUUGAAAAUCUAAUGGAGAAGAAAGGAAAGUUUGACUACAUUCUUCUAGAGACAACAGGAUUAGCAGAUCCAGGAGCUGUGGCCUCCAUGUUCUGGGUUGAUGCAGAAUUAGGGAGUGAUGUCUACCUAGAUGGUAUUGUUACUGUCAUUGAUGCUAAAUAUGGAAUGCAGCAUCUAACAGAGGAGAAGCCAGAGGGUCUUAUCAAUGAGGCUGCAAGACAGAUAGCUCUUGCUGACCUGACCAUCAUCAAUAAGACUGAUCUGGUGAAUGAGACUGAACUAGGGCAGCUAAGAGAUGUAGUGAGGUCAAUAAAUGGGCUCGUAAAAAUUUUGGAGACACAAAAAUCCAGGGUUAAUCUGUCUCGAGUAUUAGAUUUGCAUUCUUUUGACACUAAAGACAGUAUACGGUUAGCUGAAAAGCUGCAGCUUGUGAGAACAAGCCAACCACAUCUAGACAAGAGUAUGCUGACUAUAACAUUUGAAGUACCUGGCAGUGUUUCUGAAGAGCAAUUAAAUAUAUUCAUUCAGAACCUUCUAUGGGAGAAAACAUUUAAGAACAAAGCAGGAUUGCCAAUGACAGUUAUUCGGUUAAAGGGCAUCCUCUCUGUCCAACAGAAACAGAAGAAGGUGAUGUUGCAGGGAGUCCAUGAGCUUUAUGAGCUGGAUGAGACACCAGAGUUUUGGGAAGAUCACGAGCCAAGACUCAAUCGACUCGUCUUCAUAGGUCGAAACCUUGACGGCGAGAUUCUGAAGAAAGAGUUCAUUUCUGCCUUGUCAAAUUAAGGCAUUAUAGACUAGAUGAGACCCAAGUAUACAAGUCAUACAACACCCUGUAACCUCUCAUAAUAUUUGAUGUUUAAUGUUUGAUUGAAAUCUAAAAAAAAUUAUGUUUUCAGCUUACAGAGAUAAGAGAUUGAUAUGAGUUUGGUGCUUUUAAAAAGACACCUGGGUUGCAAAUCCUGCCACUGCUAAAUUUAUAUCAUGCUGCAGGUGAUUGUGAAUGUAAUGGUGUUAAAAAAAAAUGGGCAUCUUACUUUUAAACGUGAAGAACAUGUACCUGAAAUUAAAAUUUAAAGCAUGUUUUUUUUGUCUCCGUUUCAAUCAGUACAUGUCUUAAGCACAAGUUGUCUUUUUUGAACGGUUAGUUUUUGGUUAUUUUUCUCCAAAUAAAUUUCUGGAAAUGUGUA